AUGGUCGAAUUUGAGAAAGAUGAAAAACUUCCUGAUGGUACUGUAGUUGGUGGUCGUUUCAAAAUUGUCAAAAAACUUGGAGAAGGCGGUUGUGGUUCAGUUUUCAAAGUUGAAGAUAUUGAAAACAACAAUUUACCGUGUGCAAUGAAAGUUGAAUACAGUAAUAGUUCAAAUGGUAAUGUUUUGAAAUUGGAAGUGCAAAUUCUUCAAGCAUUGGUCUCGAAAAAACACGUGGCAAAGCUGAUUUUUAGUGGGAAAAAACCUGAAUUCAGCUAUGUUGUUAUGACAUUACUUGGAGAAAGUUUAUGCUCCCUAAUUGCGUGAGUUCUUCAUUAUCAAAAGUUCUGCUGAUUCAUUUUUUAAUUUAGGAAACAUGGACCAUAUCUCAAUGUAACAUCACAAAUUCGAAUCGGAAUUUCGUUGCUUUUCGGAGUCAAACAAAUUCACGAUGUUAGUGUAGGAAACAAUUAAAAGUUUCAGAAACAUACGUAUUUUCAGACUGGUUACAUUCAUCGAGAUUUGAAACCGGCUAACAUUGCACUCGGAUAUGUAAGUGAUCACGUCACGUGACUUAAAAUAGCAUUCGAGAAAACUUUAUGAAAUAUUUUUUUUUCCAGAAAGGCACUGAAGAUGAGCGAUUAUUUCUUGUCCUAGAUUUUGGACUUGCUCGUCAGUUUGUAGCUGAAGUCGAUGGAAAACUUGCACUUCGCCGUCCACGAGAACGCGCACUUUUUCGUGGAACUGCUAGAUAUUGUUCAAUUGCAAUGCUUGAAAGAGAAGAACAAAGUCGAGCUGAUGAUAUUUGGGCUGUUAUGUAUAUUUUAGCUGAAAUGCGAUGCAAACUUCCAUGGCAUGAUUUUGAUGAGAAAACUGAGAUUUUAGCAUCGAAAAAGAAAACAUCGGAUGAAAUUUUGUUCAGUAAAAGUCCUGUUCAACUUCUUGAAUUCGCGAAAGAAGUCAGGAAAUUGAAUUUCUAUUCGCGACCGGAAUAUGAUAAAUUGUUCCUGAUUCUCAAUGAAGUUAUGAAACAGGCUGAUUUUAAAUGGUCGGAUCCUUAUCAUUGGGAGAAUCAGAAUGUCGAAAAAAAGACUGCUGAAAAAAAGAAAACGAAAGAAAGGAGUCCGGGAGAGAUGAAGAAAUCAAUACUAGUUGAAAGAAAAGCAUCGACACCUGAUAAGAAAUUGAAUUUGAGUAAACGAAAAAAGGCAAAAGAUGAAUCAAAAACAGUAUCAGGAGAUAAUAAGACCAAGAGUAAGUCAGGUGUGUAUAUAAUUUAUAAAAAACGGUUUUUUCAUAAAAUGCUCUUUUUCAGCUGUUGAAAACACAGUUUCUCCAAACGAGACUCCUUAUUUCACAGUUGAUGACUUCACUUCGAAUCCAAUUGGUUUCUAA